AUGCGUUCCACUCAUCUACUAUUUGCUGUGGUGUCAUUGGCCUCUGCACUGGUUAUUCCAGAUGAGGAUAUGGUAGCGGAGAUUCGUUCUCAGGGUCAAUUGAUUGUUGAUCAUCGGGGUGGAGGGGGUACUCACGAUGAAGGCAUCGAUGCGGACUCGUGGUGGGCGAUGGUAGAUACUCUGAAGGGUGGCCAGUCUAGCCGGGGACUUUUCGAAGGUGAACAAGACUGGGGAAGAGGAGAUUGGCCAGGGGAAGGUCGUGAUCAUCACCAUGAACACUGGCCUGGCGAAGGACACCAUCACAGACAUGGCGAAUUCCCUGGCGAGGGUCACCACCACCACCACCAUCACCAUCACCACCACGGGGACUGCCCUGACGAUGACAAUGGCGGCAGAGGUUCCCAUGGCCACCGUCCCCCUUUCCAUCCAGGCCACGGAGACUGGCCCGGCCAAGACGACAGACCAUGCCCAAGACCCCCAAACCGAGACCAGAAACCACCACACCGAAUCCACCGCCCAACAAACCCCUGCCCAGGAUCGCAAUGCCACCUCGACAAAACAAUCUUGGAGAUUAUCCAAGAAAACGAACGCACAUCACGUCUAGCCGAGCUCAUCGCCUCCGACAAAGACCUCAUCACCCUCCUCACAAAAGGAAACCACACAAUCUUCGCCCCAACAAACCAAGCCCUAGCCCACCUGGACGAAAUACCGCAAAAGCUCAUCGCAAGCUUCCUGCGAUACCACAUCGUGCCCGACCGACUCCCCAUCCACGAAAUAGCGAACCAUGCAACCCUCGCAACGCACCUGACUUCCCCAUCCCUAGGAGCUAACCUUACGCAGCGGAUCCGGGUGCACGAUGUCGACGGAGUAGUUCUUAACGGGCGGAGUGCAGUGAUAGAAGCAGACACAAUAACGAAGACGGGAAUAAUCCACUUAAUAGACAGCGCGCUCGUGCCGCCACCAGCGACGCUCGCCCUGAUAUCGCCAUGCAGCACGUUCAUGCAAGCGCUCGCGAUAUCACAAAUGACAGAGCACUUCGAUUCAGCGCGGCGGGGUGGAGGGACGACGUUCGUUCCUACGAAUGCGGCGUUUCGGCAACUUGGGGAGCCGGCCAAUGAAUUUUUGUUUUCGGAAGAGGGGAGGGAGUGUCUUGCUUUGUUGAUGGGGUAUCAUGUUGUUGUUAAUGCGACGCUUUAUCCGGAUGUGGUUUAUACGAGGGAGGGGAAGGUUAGGGGGUUGGUUGGGAAGGAGCGGGAGGGGGAGAUGGGGCAUGCUGUUGUUAGGAUGGAGACUGUUUCGGGGAGGGAGGUCAGGGUUGAUGUGAAGAGGGGGCAGAUGCGGGUUGAUGGGUUUGGGAGGGUUGUUGGGGAGUUGGUGGCGAGAGAUGGGUCGGUGAUUGUUUUGGACAGGGUUUUGGUUCCGCCGAAGAAGGUUAAGGGUGAGGUUGAAGAUGGGGAAGUGAUGGUUGAGGAGCUGGUUGAGAGGUUGAAGUGUGGCCGUGAGGGUCGUGGUCGUGGUGAGCUUUGA